GGCGGCGGCGAGGUGGUGCGGGAGCUGGGCCCCGAGGAGGUGCGCUGGUUCUUCCGCGAGGAGCGCAAGUGGAAACCCUUCAUCGGCUACGACUCGCUGCGCCUCGAGCGGGCCUACCGCGCCCUGCCCGCCGCCGCCCCCGAGCCCGAGCCCGAGCCCGUCUGCGUGCGCGGCGGCCUCUACGAGGUGGACGUGCUCCGCGCCGACUGCUACCCGGUCUACUGGCACCAAACGGAAAAAAUCCCUGUAAUGCGUGGACAGUGGUUUAUUGACGGGACCUGGCAGCCUCUAGAAGAGGAAGAAAGUAAUCUAAUAGAACAGGAACAUCUCACCUGUUUCAAAGGCCAACAAGUGCAAGAGAACUUUGAUAUGGAAAUAUCAAAACCUGUAGAUGGGAAAGAGGUUAUCUACUACCUCCCUCCCUUCUCCCUCCCUUCUCUGUUCAAAUGGAGAGGAUAUAAGGAGAAUACAGAGGCUGCAUGUCUUAAACGAAAGCGUUCCCAAGCUGUUCAUAGUUUAAAGUUGAGUCGCAAUCAUGUGGACUGGCACAGUGUGGAUGAAGUGUAUCUUUACAGUGAUGCAACAACAUCUAAAAUUGCAAGAACUGUUACUCAAAAAUUGGGGUUUUCCAAAGCAUCCAGUAGCGGGACAAGACUUCAUAGAGGCUAUGUAGAAGAAGCUACAUUAGAAGACAAGCCGCCACAAACUGGGCACAUAGUGUUUGUUGUGCAUGGUAUUGGGCAGAAAAUGGAUCAAGGAAGGAUCAUCAAAAACACAGCUAUGAUGCGUGAUACUGCAAGAAAAAUAGAAGAAAAGUACUUUUCCAAUCUUGCAACACAUGUUGAGUUCCUACCUGUUGAAUGGAGAUCUAAACUUGCUCUUGAUGGAGACACUGUUGACUCCAUUACUCCUGAUAAAGUACGUGGUUUAAGAGAUAUGCUGAACAGCAGUGCAAUGGAUAUAAUGUAUUAUACAAGUCCUCUUUAUAGAGAUGAACUAGUUAAAGGUCUUCAGCAGGAGCUGAACCGCCUAUAUACUCUCUUCUGUUCUCGGAACCCAGAAUUUGAAGAAAAAGGAGGGAAGGUCUCAAUUGUGUCCCAUUCCCUAGGAUGUGUAAUCACUUAUGACAUAAUGACUGGCUGGAAUCCAGUUAGACUUUAUGAACAGUUACUACAGAGGGAGGAGGAAGAGGAGCUUGAAGACCGCUGGAUGAGCUACGAGGAGCAGCAUUUGAUUGAAGAACUUUACAUAACUAAGCAACGAUUGAGAGAGAUAGAAGAGAGGUUACAUGGAUUGAAAGCAUCGAGCAUAUCCAUUUCAAAAGUACCUGCCUUAAAAUUUAAGGUUGAGAAUUUCUUCUGUAUGGGAUCUCCAUUAGCAGUGUUUUUGGCAUUGCGUGGCAUCCGCCCAGGAAACACUGGAAGUCAAGAUCACAUUCUGCCCAAAACUAUUUGUAACCGGUUGCUAAACAUUUUUCAUCCAACAGAUCCAGUGGCCUAUAGACUAGAACCUUUAAUUCUGAAGCACUACAGCAACAUUUCGCCAGUCCAGAUUCAUUGGUAUAACACUGCAAAUCCACUACCUUACGAGCAUAUGAAGCCAAGUUUUCUCAACCCAACGAAAGAACCUACCUCAGUCACCGAGAGUGAAAGCGCAUCGACUGCAUCGAGCCCAACCACUUCGCCAGUCAUGGUUCGACGCCAUUAUGGGGAAUCUAUAACAAAUAUAGGCAAAGCAAGUAUAUUAGGAGCUGCUAGCAUCGGGAAGGGCCUUGGGGGGAUGCUGUUUUCAAGGUUUGGACGAUCUGCUGCACCCACCUCGCAAACAUCCGAGACGGGCAAAGAAGUGACGGAGGGAGAAGACAAGAAGUGCGCUACUGUUGGAACCCCGGCCUUCCCACACAGCAGCUCUGGCUUCCUCGAUGCCACAUUGGAACUGGAGCACAGGAUUGAUUUUGAACUCAGGGAAGGUCUCGUGGAGAGCAGAUACUGGUCUGCAGUAACAUCACACACUGCCUAUUGGUCCUCUCUGGAUAUCGCCCUCUUCCUGUUAACCUUCAUGUAUAAACAAGACCAAGAAGAGAACGACACAAAUCAAAUUUAGGCCCUAUUUGACUACUAUUUUUUUUUUUUUUUUUUGAUUGAGGGAAAUUUUGCAAAAAAUGACACAAAACUGACAUUUUACUAUUUAAAACACAGUAUUUGAGGCAUGGAGGUUUCAGGUUUAAGUGCAUGUUUGGAUUUUUCCCUGUUUCUGAAGAGCAAAAGUGAUCUGCAUUUAAAAGCACUUUAUACUUUCAAACAGUGCUAAAUUAGACCCUAAAAUGACUCCAGGCUCUUGUCAUUUUGAUUGUACAAAACGUCACUACAGUCUGUAGCAUCACACGAGCAUUGUUGGUGCAAUGUGCUCGGGUAACAUACUUGCAAAUGACCGUAAUUGCUGUUUAGUUCAUUAAAGUAUGAAGAUUACUUGACUAAAAUGAAAUUAACUUCCAUUAACAAAAUAUAUGUGGGAUACAAACCUAAAACUGCCAUGUUCCCUAUGUUUUAUGUAUCAGUAAAUAACAACCAGUGGUGUCAUUUUUCUAGGACUCACUCAGAUCCACAACAUGUUACUCACAGUUUCAUUGAAAGACCAUUUUGACUGCUAACUUCAAGGGUAUGUUACACAUAACUUUAGAAACUAAUGCUGAAAAAGCAUGAAACAAAUAUUUGAGAUACUGUAAUUAUAAUUUAUUAUUACCUCUGACUAAUUGUUUCAUUUUAUUCCAGUGUAUAAAACAUUGCUUUUUUUACUGGUUUCUUUUGACAUAAUUUAAGAACCACAUUUAUUUUCUACAGUGUUAAGACUUUUUUCUCAGAAAUACAUAUCUUUGUACUAUUCAGAUGAAUAUAUGGACACUGUGGCACACUUUCAGUAUUUUUUCAUUAAAAAUAAAUAUUUGUGGUUUCACA